AUACGGUUGGCUCUUAAUCACGAAGCGCCACCGUUAGUCGCCGCGUCGCUAGUUUGAUAUUCCUAUUCUAACCAACAAGCUAUACCUAAUUUUAACGGCAGUAAACCUAACCUAUUAUAUAAAAGCAAUUCAAAUAAGAUUGUUUUUAGUUACAAUAAAUUAUCUAUCGAUUAUAUAGAAAACUAAAAGUAUUUAUAAUGGUUUCUAUCAUCGCACGAACGUUUUCAUCUAAAUUAUCUAAAGACUUCAGUAUUCUGCUACCAUUGUCCACAUAUUCCCGGAAGCGUAAAUUAUUCACAAAAGCUGAGUUGCGACAAGAAGUUAAAGAAGCUUCAAACAUAGAUAAUCUAAGAGAUAUAGAUCCAUUGAGUCAUCCAGACUUUUUUCAUGUUUAUGAUAUGUUUACUGUCAAAGAUCUAUUUGAUGCGAGAGUACAUUUUGGUCAUAAGGAAGGUUCUUUAAAUGAAUAUAUGAAACCUUUUCUAUUUGGAUCUAGACUAGGACACUUAAUAUUCGAUUUAGAUCAAACCGCUGAAUUAUUACGGCAAGCAUUAAAUUUCACAGCUCAUAUAGCUUUCAGAAAUGGAGUAAUUUUGUUUAUAGCAAAAAAUCCUCAAAUUUCUUAUCUUGUGGAAACCACUGCAAAAGAAUGUCAAGAAUAUGCUCAUACAAGACGGUGGAGACAUGGAACAUUCACAGAUGCCACGCACGAAUUUGGAAGUAUUACUAGAUUGCCAGAUUUGUGUAUAUUUUUGAAUACUAUGAAUUCUGUUGUUGACCAACAUAUGGCAGUGAAUCAUGCAGCUAAAAUGUGUAUCCCAACAAUUGGUAUUGUAGAUACAAAUUGCGAUCCCAGACUUAUAACCUAUCCUAUUCCUGGAAAUGAUGAUACAGUUUGUAGUAUAGAAUUGUAUUGUAAAUUAUUUAAAGAAGCAAUAAUGAGAGGGAAAAAGUAUAGGGAUGAUAUACUUGCAAAAAAUAUAUAAUUUAAUCUAUAGUAAGUGUAAGAAUAUUAUAAGUAAAUUUGUACAUUAUACAAUGUAUAUUGUAAUAUAUUUUUUCCUAUUGAUUUUUUGAUGUACUUUUAAUUAUUGGUGCUGCAAUUGCAUUAACAUCUUUCAUGUAGUACUAAUCUAAAUAUUAAAAUAUAAAAGCUUUGGUGACAA